CCUUGUGACAUCGAUCCCCGAUUCCCUUCCUUCCAAUCCUUAUCGGACUCAUGGCGGCGCCGCGCCAUGCAGGCGGCGGUUGCAACACCGGUGUUGGGGGCGGCGGCGUCGGGCACGACGACGACCGGCUGAGCGCCCUGCCGGACGAUCUCCUCCACGCCAUCAUGUCGCGCGUCAAGGCCCUGCAGGUGGCGCAGACGUGCGUGUUGUCCACGAGGUGGAGGCACCUCUGGUGCGCCGUGUCGUGCCUCGACGUCGACGAGCAGGAGUUCGGCACCCACAACAACUUCGAGGACUUCACCACCAGCCUUCUAGGCAGCCAUGACAUCGCGUUUCUGGACGCCUUUCGGCUGCACGCAACUAAUCUCGGGUCGUACCAGCGUCGACACCUUACUCACCGCUGGGUCCGCCGCGCCAUGGGUCUAGAUGACACACGCCCUUGCCGGCUCAGAAGGCUGCAUCUUUCCGGCCUGAACUUGAACAUGGAAGAUAUUGCGAGUCACGUCAGCUCCCGCUGCCCUGCUCUGGAGGACUUGGAACUGGAAAACUGCAACUACUAUAUCACCUGCAAUAUCAACAUCGCCUCCUCCUCACUGAAGAAAUUGGUCGUCGAUAGUGUCUCCUUUGGUCAUGAUGAUAAUACUUUUGCGUUGGUUAUAGACACUCCUGCUCUUGUUUCUCUCUGCUUGGACGGGGAGUUUGAGCACAUUGUUGAUUAUAGAGAGCCACAUAGCAUGCCGUCUCUUGUCGAUGCAUCGAUUCAUCUGCCCGUGAUCGAGGACAUGAAGCCCUGGUACCAUUACGCUGAAUUCCUCACCCCAACUAUGCUCGAACUGAAUAUUAUUGGCGCGCUGUCUAAUGUGACAAGCUUGCAGUUGUCGCAGUUUGUGGUCAUGUUGCGUUUGUAUCCAGAUUGUGAGGAUCUUCCUGUAUACAACUUCAAGAACCUAAGAACCUUGUUCCUGGACGAGUGUCAUAUCAGCGACGACUUCCUCGGGCUGCAGCAAUACCUUCGGAACUCGCAUAACCUGCAGAAGCUCACUUUCUGCUGCUGCAAGGUCUCGAAUUUUGGACCUAGAGAGGAGUUGAUCCAACGCCGCCACUCAUAUUUUGAGGACCUAGCGGAUUUCAAGUGCGAGAACCUUAGGCUUAGUGAAAUCAUAUACCAAGAUGGUGAAGAUGAUGUCCACCUAUUGGUCAAGUUUUUGGAGGGCAUGAGGAAGAAUCUGUCAAACAACAAGAUAGAACUCACUAAAGUCGAUUAGCAGAACCGUAUGUCAAUACACUAUUUUUUUCUAUCGUUGGCUAAUCUCUACCCA